UACAAUUUUAGCAGCGUUUUGCAGAAAGGGCGACGUUGUUUGUCCGCAAAGCUGUAUAUUGUGUAGGGUAGCAAGCGCCAUACAGGCCACAACGUGCAGCCCAUUUGUGGACAAGUAAUAAGAAUUCCACCAUGUGCUGCACUUACACCGUUGCCGCAACACAUUGGUUCUUUAAGCUUCAGGUUUUGGACGUGGGCUAGUAAGAUUACUGAAUUGUGCAAAAAAGGUCAAGGUGCUUACCUGGCAUUCGGAAAAUGGAUUCGCAAAGUGGACUGGCGCUAGUUAUCUUGGCAGUUGUUAUGUUCACCAUCUGGUUACGAUCACGCCUACAGAUAUUAAGCACAUUUCGCAUAAUGGGCAUACCAGGACCAAAACCAUCGCUUUUAAGUACCAAUGUCAAGGAGGUAUGGAGAGAAAAGAAACCGUGGGUAGUCAUCGAUGAAUGGACCAAAGAAUACGGCAAAAUUUUUGGAUGCUUCCCAAUGGGAAUACGCCCCAUUUUGGUUAUUAGUGAUACUUCUAUUCUGCAAGAGAUACUGGUCACCAACUUCUCAAAUUUUCGCAACCGCCCAGCAUUAGGUCCGCCUCGUCCUGAGCCCGGAGCAAGCACAUUAACAAGCCUUCGAGGUGAAAGAUGGAAACGGGUCCGAAAUGUCAUAUCACCCACAUUUAGCGCGAAAAAAGUCCGACAGACGGCCGGAAGCAUGCACAAUGCUGCCAGUACCUUAAUAACCUUGUUGAAAGACAAGAGCAAAAAGCCAAACCCUUUUGACAUAUAUCAAAUGUUUCAAGCAUUGACUCUGGAUGUUAUUGCGCAAGCCGCGUUUGCCUUACAAGUCAAUAGUCAGACCGAUCCCGAUGACGCUUUACUUACGAUGUGCCGCGGCGUGUUCAAGUCGAUUUUCACGCCCGCGUUAAAGAUACUCUUAUUGUUUCCAGAGCUGGGUGCUGCGGCUAAGCUGAUGCACAAAAAAUCUGACUCAUCGAAACAUCAGUUUUGCGUCCUGACACACAUGAAAAAAGUUUUCCACGAACGUCGUAAAAAUCCCGGCAUCAAGAACAACGACAUGAUUCAGCUGAUGAUGGACGCCGCCGAUCACAUCCGCAUUAACAUGCCGAUUAACACAGCACUGCAUUCUACCAGUCCGAUGAGUAUCAUCGGGGAUAAACCAGAAUACGUGAUACACGAAAAAACCCCACAACCACUGCAAAGCGCACGGUAUCUAACAGAAAACGAACUGAUAGCCAACUGUUUUGUCUUCCUGCUGGCCGGCUACGAAACAACGGCCAAUGCGCUGGCCUUCACCACAUUUCUGCUGGCCAAACAUCAGGACGUACAGGAACGCCUGUACCGCGACAUAGUGGCAACGGUGGGUGAACAGCCAGGAACGGAAUUCGACGAGCAUUUUCCAUCGUGCCGGAUACCGUAUUUGGAUGCUGUUAUAAAAGAAUCUUUGCGCAUGUAUCCGCCAAUUACUGGAUUCGUUAUGCGCGAGUGCGCUGAAACCUGCACAAUAAAUGGCUUAGAGAUACCGGCUGGGAUGGCUAUUCACAUCCCGGUCUGGACUCUGCACCACGAUGCCGAACUGUGGCCGAAUCCAUCGCAGUUCAAUCCUGACCGGUUCAUGCCGGAUAACGUCAGUGCCAUACAGGAGAUGGCCUUUAUGGCCUUUGGAGAAGGACCAAGAAACUGUAUUGGAAUGAGUUUUGCAAUGAUGGAAAUUCGGAUUACACUUGUGCAAAUUCUUCAAAGAUUUCGAAUCGAAAAUAUUGUCGGACAGGAAAACCUGGAACUGCAAAGUCCGUUUGUAACAAUGAAUCCGAGCAAUGGAGUUUUUGUCCGAUUGGAGCGACGCCAACCAACUGCAGAUGACACCGUAUAAAAGCAAUAUAUUUAAGAACAUAAUUUUGUUUUACUAGUUGCCAUUUGGCACUAGCAUUACUUGACGGUUAUUUUGACCGGUGGUAAUUCGGUGUGAUUGUUAAAUUGGCAAUAAAUGUUACUAUAAACGUUUUACAUUAGAGAAUACUUUGGCACAACAUAUAAUUUACAAAUGUAUUAUGUUUUGAUCAAUAAAAUCAGCUUUCGU